GGAGGAGAGGGGCGGAAACCAGCCUGGGGGAGCGAGCUCGUGACCGCCAAGCCAGCGGGCAGCAGAGGUGAAGCAAGCACCCCGGAGGCUCUGAGAUCUCCUUCGGCAGGACGCAUCAGGGCCUCAAGCCCAGCUUACUAGCCCACCACCCUACUGCAAACUCGUUGUAACUCCCAGCUUCCGGUCAAGGGUCCCGGGUACGGCUUGCCGGCCACCAGUAACACCCGGAGCGCGGGCCCCAGCGAGGCCGGAGCGGCGGGCCCGGGCCCGGACGCACCCAGUGCGCACGCGCAGGGGUGGGCCGCCGGGUCAGCCGGAGCAGUGACGAGCCCGGAAGCGCCGGCGCGCGCCCCUCCGGCCGCAGAACUAGUUUUGUGCGGUGUCCUCGGGACGCGAGCCCUUCGGAGAUACCCCGGACGCACCCGCCCGCUCGCCGGCACCGCCGCGAUGUCUAGCAACAGUUUCGCUUACAACGAGCAGCCGGGAGGAGGGGAGGCGGCGGAGCUGGGGCAGGAGGCCACCUCGACCAUCUCUCCCUCGGGCGCCUUCGGCCUCUUCAGCAGCGAUUGGAAGAAGAAUGAGGACCUGAAGCAGAUGCUGGAGAGCAACAAGGAUUCUGCCAAACUCGAUGCUAUGAAGCGGAUUGUUGGGAUGAUCGCAAAGGGGAAAAAUGCGUCAGAGCUCUUUCCUGCUGUUGUGAAGAAUGUGGCCAGUAAAAACAUCGAGAUCAAGAAGUUGGUAUAUGUUUACCUCGUCCGAUAUGCUGAAGAACAGCAGGACCUGGCGCUCCUGUCUAUAAGCACUUUUCAGCGAGCUUUGAAGGACCCAAAUCAACUAAUUCGUGCAAGUGCCUUGAGGGUUUUAUCAAGCAUUAGAGUGCCAAUUAUCGUGCCUAUCAUGAUGCUUGCUAUUAAGGAGGCUUCAGCUGAUCUGUCACCGUAUGUUAGGAAGAAUGCAGCCCAUGCUAUACAGAAGUUGUACAGUCUUGAUCCAGAGCAGAAGGAAAUGUUAAUUGAAGUCAUUGAGAAGCUUCUGAAAGAUAAGAGUACUCUGGUGGCUGGCAGUGUGGUGAUGGCUUUUGAAGAAGUGUGCCCGGAUAGAAUUGAUCUGAUUCACAGGAAUUACCGAAAGCUCUGUAACCUGCUGGUGGAUGUUGAAGAGUGGGGGCAGGUUGUCAUCAUCCACAUGCUCACAAGAUACGCUCGGACACAGUUUGUCAGCCCCUGGAGAGAGGAUGAUGGUCUAGAUGACAACGAAAAGAAUUUCUAUGAAUCUGAUGAUGAAGAGAAGGAAAAGAAUGACAAGAAGAAGCCAUAUGCUAUGGAUCCAGACCACAGGCUCUUGAUUAGAAACACAAAGCCUUUGCUUCAGAGCAGGAAUGCAGCGGUGGUUAUGGCUGUUGCUCAGCUGUAUUGGCACAUCUCACCCAAGUCAGAGGCUGGCGUUAUUUCUAAAUCGCUGGUGCGCCUACUUCGUAGCAAUAGGGAAGUACAGUAUAUUGUCUUACAAAAUAUUGCAACUAUGUCAAUUCAGAGAAAGGGUAUGUUUGAACCUUACCUGAAGAGUUUCUAUGUCAGGUCCACUGAUCCAACUAUGAUCAAGACACUGAAGCUUGAAAUUUUGACAAACUUGGCAAAUGAAGCCAACAUAUCAACUCUUCUUCGAGAAUUUCAGACCUAUGUGAGAAGCCAGGACAAACAGUUUGCAGCGGCCACUAUUCAGACGAUAGGCAGAUGUGCAACCAGCAUUACUGAAGUUACUGACACUUGCCUCAAUGGCCUGGUCUGCCUGCUGUCCAACAGGGAUGAAAUAGUUGUUGCUGAAAGUGUGGUUGUUAUAAAGAAAUUGUUGCAAAUGCAGCCUGCACAGCAUGGUGAAAUUAUUAAACAUAUGGCCAAGCUCUUGGACAGUAUCACUGUUCCUGUGGCUAGAGCAAGCAUUCUUUGGCUAAUUGGAGAAAACUGUGAACGAGUUCCUAAAAUUGCCCCUGAUGUUUUGAGGAAAAUGGCUAAAAGUUUCACUAGUGAAGAUGAUCUGGUGAAAUUGCAGAUUUUAAAUCUUGGAGCAAAGUUGUAUUUAACCAAUUCCAAACAGACAAAAUUGCUUACCCAGUACAUAUUAAAUCUCGGCAAGUAUGAUCAAAACUACGACAUCAGAGACCGCACAAGAUUUAUUAGGCAGCUUAUUGUUCCGAACGAGAAGAGUGGCGCUUUAAGUAAAUAUGCCAAGAAAAUCUUCCUCGCCCAGAAGCCUGCACCGCUGCUCGAGUCUCCCUUUAAAGAUAGGGAUCAUUUCCAGCUUGGCACCUUAUCUCAUACUCUCAAUAUUAAAGCAUCCGGGUACCUGGAAUUAUCUAAUUGGCCAGAGGUGGCGCCUGACCCAUCGGUUCGCAAUGUAGAGGUAAUAGAGCCAGCAAAAGAAUGGACCCCAGUUGGAAAAACAAAGAAGGAAAAACCUGCUAAGAAAUUUUACUCUGAGUCUGAGGAGGAGGAGGAAGAAGGUGAGGAAGAGGACUCCUCUGAUAGCAGCGGUGACAGUGACAGUGAGACUGGGUCUGGAGGUGAGAGUGGAGACACAGGCAGGAGCAGUGAGGACAGCAGCGAGGACUCCUCCAGUGAACAAGAGAGCGAGACUGGAAGCGAGGCAGAUGCAGAACGCAAAACCAAGAGGAAAAGUGAUUCAGAAGAUGGGGAGAAGAAAAAUGAAAAAUCCAAAGCUUCUGAAUCAUCCAGUGAGGACUCCAGUUCCAUUGAAGAAUGUUCUUCAGAGUCAGAGUCAGGGUCCGACAGUGACCCUGCACCUCGAAAACUGGCUAAGGCAAAAGAAAGAAAACCCCAGCAAGAAAGACAGCCUCCCUCCAAAGAUGUUUUUCUUCUGGAUCUAGAUGAUUUUAACCCAGUUUCCACUCCCGUUGCCCUUCCUACACCAGCCCUUUCUCCGAGCUUGAUAGCUGAUCUUGAAGGUCUAAACUUGUCAACUCCUUCGUCAGUCAUCAACGUCAGUACACCUGUCUUCGUGCCAACAAAAACCCAUGAGCUGCUUCACCGAAUGAGUGGGAAAGGACUGGCAGCCCAGUAUUGCUUCCCAAGACAGCCUUGCAUUUUUGGUGACAAGAUGGUCUCUGUCCAGAUAACCCUGAAUAACACUUCUGACCGAAAGAUAGAGAGCAUUCACAUAGGGGAAAAAAGGCUUCCUGGACGCAUGCAGAUGCAUGGUUUUCAUCCAGUAGAUUCCCUGGAGCCUGAGGGGUCCGUUACUGUCUCAAUGGGUAUUGACUUCUGUGAUUCUACACAGACUGCCAGUUUCCAGUUGUGCACCAAGGAUGAUUGCUUCAAUGUGAGCAUCCAGCCACCUGUUGGGGAACUACUUUUACCUGUGGCCAUGUCAGAGAAGGACUUCAAGAAGGAGCAAGGAAUGCUCACGGGAAUGAAUGAGACCUCGGCUACAGUCAUCGCUGCACCACAGAACUUCACCCCCUCCAUGAUCCUCCAGAAGGUUGUAAAUGUUGCCAAUGUCGGCGCAGUGCCUUCCGGCCAAGAUAACAUACACAGGUUUGCAGCUAAAACUGUGCACAGUGGGUCAUUGAUGCUAGUCACUGUGGAACUGAAGGAAGGCUCCACAGCCCAACUUAUCAUAAACACCGAGAAAACCGUGAUUGGCUCUGUUCUGCUGCGGGAGCUGAAGCCUGUCCUGUCCCAGGGGUAACCUGCUUACAUCUGGACUUUAGAAUCUGGCACACAACCAAAGUGCCUGGCAUCCAGUCCCGCUGCCUUUCAUUUACAACAAUAGCCCUUCCAUCUGGCAUGGGGAAGAGCACGCUCUUGACAUUCUUGUCUCCUGCUUUAGAACGCUGGUGUGUAUCUAUCAUGUAUGCAGUCCCUUCCCCUCUUCGCUUUGCUAACCAAAGAACAUAUAUUUUACUGUCAGUUUUCUCAACUCCUGAGUCCAUGUGGCAUUUCCUCUGUCCUCUGAUUACCUUUGGCCUCAUUUUCCUUCUGGUUUUUGAGAAUGAUGGACGUGAAUCAGAUACUGAAAGUGCACUGGGAGUCAUCCUUCCUACAGCAGUAAGCAAAAAUUAGCAAGGAAAUCAUAUAAAUGGCCUCUCAGCUUCGUAUAUGAAAAGGAAAUAGCAUACUUUUUUAAAUUAAAUGCAAAAAAAAAAAAAUGGUCUCUGCAAAAAUCCCCUUCUUUGAACUUCCUGGUAUUGUAAUUGGUUAUUGACAAUUGUCAUCAUAAAAUUGCCCCUGAAUAAUAAGAUAAAUAAACUAGCAUAUGAACAGCAUUUGCUUCCCCUGAUCCUCACUGGCUGAACGUCUUUAUUCAAAGUAUUUCUGGUCACAACUUUGGGGAAUCAUGGGACUUCGUUAAUGAAAGAGAAGCUACUCCCAACAAGGGAAAGGGUCUCGUUGAAUUUCGCUCUUUUGUUUGAGUAUCUGAGAUGGGUUUCAUGGAGCAGGCUGCACUGGCCUUAAACUUGAAAUCCCCCCUCUGCUCCUCAGAGCCAGGACGGUGGGCAUGCGUCAGCACCCUCCGCUCUCUGAACUGGGGAAGUGUGUAACUGUGCCGCACUCUGGCUGAUGGCUGCCUCGGGGAGAGAGCAGAAGCUGUGCGGAACGUCAGGUGCCUCUCUGUGCAUUUUAACCUUAGGAGAGAGCUGACCACCAGGCUACACCUGAUAAGUAAAACCCGAGAUCCAUGUUCCUUUUAAAAAUCUUGGUGCCCAAGAUCGUUAUUAAUUUUUGAUAAAACUAACUAUUGCACAGUUGAUUAUGUGCUAUUUAAAAUUGUAUGAUGUGUGUGUGUUCGCAUCUUUCUGUAGAUCAUUUGCUAUUAUAGGCAAGUAACCAUCCUCACUAAAAUUGUUCUAUAUAAAUCAGAAUACCUUUCUAAUGCUUUUAUAUUUUGUUUUGUUAUUGCUGUUGUUGAGAUGGGCCCUGCUGGCCUGGAACUGACCUCGUAGACCAGGCUGGCCUCAAGCUUCCUGUCAUCCUCCUGCCUCCACCUUCCAAGUGCCGGCCUUACAAGUGUAGCAGCAUGCCUGGUUGGUGCAUGAUUUAAUUCCAGCACUCAGGAGGCAGAAGCAGGUGCAUCUCUGUGCGUUCAGGGCCAGCCUGGUCUACAUAAAGAGUUCCAGGACAGCCAGGACUACAUAGUUGAGGUAUUUUAGUGACCUUUCUGACACAGGCGGUGCCAUCAUGAUAACACUUCCGUCCCCUUCAGUAUUAAGCAUGUUCUCACUGUGUCUGACACUAGCUGGCUUGCUACUCCUGGCCUCCAGUGAUCUCCCACAUCAGACUCCAAGGUAGCAAGGACUUGUGCCUCCAAGCCUGUCAACAGUCGUUUUUAAUUGAUUUUUAUUAUUUUUAGUUUUGUGUAUUUAUGUGGGAGUGGGUGCAUUUUAUCUUCAUAGGCCAGAGGUAUGCAAUCCCCCUGGAGCCACCUGAUGAGGGUGCUGGGGUUGAACUCAGGUCCUCUGAAAGAACCAUAUGUGUUCUUCACUGCUGAGCUCCAACAUAACAAGAAUGGUUUUUGAAAGAAAUUGUGCUGGGGGGAGGGAGCCGCAUUGAAACAUGGAGUAUACAUGAGCACUUAAAAUCUAAACUCAGUACUUUUGAAUCAUAGUAAGAAGAGCAAACAGGGUGCAGGGAAGCUACAUAUUUAAUCUUCUACAAUGAGGAAAGUAAACAUGGUGGUUAAGCUCUCUAUUCUUAGUCAGAAUACAUCUGUAAUCUCAGCAAAGCUGAGGCAAGAAGAUCACAGUUCCAGGCCAAAAAAACAAAACAAAACGAAAAUUUCUGCUCCCCAAAUAGAGCAGUGACUCAGAGUAAAGAGAAUGGUCGCAUGUCACAUGUAACAGAGGUCCUAUAAGAUUUUUGUCAACCAGUGACAUCACACCCAUAUUAUUUUGUGGAAGAACACACUGUGUUUGCACAAUGAUACAGCAUUUUUCAGAACACAUCUCUGUUGCUAAGCAACACCUCAUCAUGUAGCCCUGGAAGCCCAUGUUCUCUUUACUCUGGGAUCAUAUAUGAGGGAUAUAUCAGUCCUGACUCUCAGAACCCCCUGAAUGGUCUGCAGUCCUUCGGCAUUCCCGUUGGGCACCCCAUUGCUCUGGCUUCAGAACCGUAGCUAUUUAGUAAUAUUUUAAGAUGUUAUCAGGCUGCUUUUCUGGAGAGGAGGUUACUGUCAUCAGUCAGAGGGAGAAGUGCAUGUUACAAUAUAGAAAGUCUCUUAUUUUUCUUAGGGGUCACAUCUUGGAAAAAGAAUCAUGUAUUUAUAAUUUUGUAACUAAGAAUUUCUGUGAGACUUCCUUUUUUAAUAAGUUACUUUUGGCUGCCAGCUUCCAUAUUUAAAGUCUGUUAGAGCUGGAGAGAUAGCUUGGAGUGUUUCUCAACCUAUGGACUUGACUCCUUUGAGACGUCAAAGGCUCCUUAGCCCGGGGGUUUCCUAGUACCAUCAGAAAACAUAGACACUUACAUUACAGUUCGUAAAAGUAGCAAAAUUAGAGUUAUGAAGUAGCAAUAAAAACGAUUUUAUGGCUGGGGUCACCACAGCAUGAGGAACUGCAUUAAAGGGUUGCAGCAUUAGGAGGGUUGAGAAGCACUGGCUACAUGGGUAAUGACACCUCCCAAGCCUGGUAGCCUGAGUUCCAAUUCCUGGAACUUGUAUAAGGAUCUAGUUCAGCAGCACACAGCUAUACCCCAGCACUCCUGUGUACUGAAGUGGGAGGUGAGGACGGGAUCGUCACCUGGAAACCUGCAGGCCAGCUAGCUUGAGGAGGCAAAAACAAGGUGGCUGGCAAAAACCAACUCCACUGCCCUGGUAUAUGCGACGCCCUCUCUCUCUCUCUCUCUCACACACACACACACACACGUCUGCAGUCCUGCAGGAGGACCAGCACACCAGCUCUAGAGCUCAUAAAGGGGGCUCACUGGAGCAAAGUGGCAGACCCCCGAGACUGGGAGUCCUGAGGACUUCAGGCUGUCAUGUCUGCUGUAGCCCUUGUGGUCACCACAUCCCUCACAAUGCAUGGUUAUAGGAGAGCUCUAAGGCCCUCACUGGCACUCACAGAGCAAUGCUUGUUUCUCAUUCGGGCGUUGCUGCUGGGGCAGGCUAACGAUUCAGCCACCCCUGACAGGAACCUAGAGGGGGAGAUGGCUAGCGGUGGCCACUAAGAAAGAAUUUGGAAAAAUAGAUUGUUUGACAAGGAUAGGUAGAGAGGUUUUUGCUAGUGGCUCUGGUGUAGAAAAUCUUAGAGAACAACUUGAAGUUUAGAAAAUUACACUCUUAAUAGUAAACCUUAAAACUUUUUAAGGUUGACGAGCGAAGACAAUAGGCCAAGGUAGCACUGGCUGACCUGACACUUUGAAGCUGGGCCAGUGACUGAGGUAACAAUUUCCUUACACUUGUUUUUCGCCCUCAGCUUCCUGAUACGACUUAAUAAAAAUUAUUAAUGAGUAGAUGUGCACCUUAAAGAAUUAAAGUUGAAAUGGCUGAUUAUUUUUAUAUAAAAGUUUAGAUUUGUGAUUCUUUUAAGAUUUUUAUAAGAUACCUUUUCAGAUAAUUGGUUUUUUCCUUGUAACUGCAAAUUGCAGCCUGCCAGUAAAGAAAAAGCUGGCUGAGAAAUUCCCUUGCUUGCUCAUACUCUGUUAAUAAUAAUAUAAACAAGUUGCUUAGUUACAUAUGUGUACGGGUUCUUGGGAAUAACUUGUUUUUCAUAUUUGUUUUUCACCCAUAAUACGUAAAACAUUUGAUCAUGUUGAAGGUAUUCGGGAAUGUUUUUCUUACAUAUAUACUCAUUGUAAUCAUUUAAAGAAAAAUAGAAUGUAACCACAUUGUCAUUUUUGUACUGUUUGAAAGAUCUUGCUGGGAUAGAUAAGCUGUGGGAAAAAGAAUAAAACUAUGGUUUGAAACUCACUCUUCGGAGUUUGUUCCAUCCACCAA